CUCAAACGAUAUUUAUUUUGUGGAUGGACAAGGUGAGAUUUCAUUAAAAGGACCAGACAAUCCUGGACAGGGUCCUGUUGUCUGGGAAUGGAAACCACACUCUGGGCAAGAAAAACAACAACAGCUUACUUUCCAGAAAAUGUGGGGGAGCCGGUGGGAGCCAAGAUGGAGUGAAUACUAUCAAAAUGACUUGUCCUAUUGGAUAAUGUGGGAUUAUGGUACCAUUAAUCUGAGAUUUACAAAUCCCACAUUUAAACUUGCGGGAAAGUUCACUCUGUUUCAGACACAGCUGAGAAAAACCAUCCUGAAAGAAUACAAUGUUUUCGGGAUCAAAGUUGAAUUAAAUGCCCACUCCCCAGACCCCACGGUUGGCAGUGAUGUUACCCUCAGCUGUACCAUCUCCAAACUCUCGGAUACAGUCUGUCUCCAAUGGAAAUGGAGAGAUUCAUCUCAGCAGAGCAGCAGGAAAACCGAUCAGAUCCGAGUCAAUAACACAGUCUAUCUGAUGGUCAAACAUGUUACUGCGGCGGAUGAGAAGUUGUACGUGUGUGAAAUACAGGAAAAUGGAUCCAUUAUUCACAACAAAACAGUCAGUUUUUCUGUGUCCCAGUAUUUACAUGGAAAGAGUUACACUCUUUAUCGCUCAGGCACAGAUAACAGUGAACUCAACCUGGUUUGUCAGCAUUAUACUAACCAUUUUGAAAAUGCUGCAUGGAGAUGGACAUCAGAUUCUCAGAAUCAGGAGAAAAGCAUAGCAUAUGCUUCAAGCUCUAAGCCCAUCAAUGUAAAUCGGAGUCACUUUGGGAAUCGACUGGUCCUCACAACGUCCACGUUCAAUGGCAUGAACUUCAAUGUGAGGAUUGUCCCUGUCCUAUUUGAAGAUGCGGGAGUUUAUAAAUGUUUGCUGCAAUCAUAUUCAAUGGCGAACAUUAGAUUAAUCACAGUUAAAGUCACAGUGGAACCCUCUGAUGCAGAGACUGAGGGAGACACCGUUACUCUGACCUGCUGUGUCUCUGAUGUCACUGAAUCAAUCAGACUUACUUGGAUCAAUAAUGAUGGCAAAAUUGUUGAAGAAAAGGCAUUAAAUGAAUGGAAUAAGGAAGAGAAAUCAUUGCAAUUGAUUAUUCAGAAAGCUGACAGAGGGAAGUGGACAUGUGUUUUGUUUCAUCAAAACAUUCCUCAGGUUUCAGUCCCGGACUAUUUGGAGCUCAGUGGAAGCCUGAAUGAAAUGUAUUUUCUCCAUCAGGAAGGGUACUUUUUAUUGAAAGGACCUGACAAUCCUGGAACUGACCCCAUUAUCUGGGAAUGGAGGUCACAUUCAGGGCAACAAACUACAAAACAAUUGGGAACUUUUCACAGAGAAGGUCAGCAGUGGGCUGUAAAAUGGAGUGAUGAUUAUCAUAAUAUGCCAGACAUUUCUCAGAGAAUACACGAGCACUUCGGUACCCUCAAUCUGUUAAUCAGAAAUCCCACAUUUGAACUUGCGGGACUGUUUACCUGGACCCAGACACAGCCCAGUAAGAAAAUCCUGAAGCAGACCGAGCUAUUUGGAAUCAAAGUCAACAUAUGAUCGCUUACAUCACCAGAAAAAGAGCUCACUAUUUUCAAGUCAGUAGACCUUACAUCCACCUUAACAAAAGAACAGUUUGCCAGAGUCCACAUUCCAUUU